AUGGGGAUCCCUCAGCUACCAAUUUUGAUUUCUGCGUUUGUACUUGUUGCUGUGCUGCAAGCCCCAGUUUUUGCAGCUACGAAGUCUUAUAUAGUGUACCUGGGAUCGCAUGAGCACGGCGAAGAGCUCACGACAGAAGUUUUCGAUCGCGUGACCCGGUCUCAUCAUGAGUUCCUCGGUUCGUUUUUGGGUAGUCGUGAGAAGGCAAAGGAAGCCAUAUUCUACUCCUACACGAGACACAUCAAUGGUUUCGCGGCCAUCCUCGAGGAAGAAGAUGCUUUGGAAAUUGCGAAGCAUCCAAGGGUUAUUUCGGUGUUUCCGGACCAGGGAAGACAUCUGCACACAACCCAUUCAUGGGACUUCAUGUUGCUAGAGAAGGAUGGCAUGAUUCCCCGUAGUUCUUUGUGGGGAAAGGCCAAGCUUGGCGAGAACGUCAUCAUUGGAAACCUCGACACCGGUGUUUGGCCCGAAUCGCAAAGCUUUAGCGACCAUGGUUAUGGACCACCCCCAUUGAAAUGGAAAGGGAUUUGCGAGAACGACACUGCUGCCGGCGUGCCUUGCAACGGGAAGCUCAUUGGAGCAAGAUACUUCAACAAGGGCUUCGCGGCCUACUCUGGGAUCAAAAAACUCAACGCUUCCUAUGAGACGGCGCGAGACCUUGAGGGCCACGGGACGCACACCCUGUCGACCGCUGGUGGGAAUUUUGUCUAUGGAGCCAAUAUCUUUGGCGUCGCCAAUGGGACUGCCAAAGGAGGAUCGCCCAGAGCCCGCGUGGCCUCAUACAAGGUGUGCUGGACGCCCGUCAACAACAGCGGCGAGUGCUACGACGCGGACAUCCUUGCGGCCUUCGACAUGGCGAUCCACGAUGGCGUGGACGUCCUAUCCGUGUCCCUGGGAGGGUUCCCAGGUGAAUACUUCAAGGAUGGCCUCUCCAUCGGCUCAUUCCACGCGGUGAAGCAAGGGAUUGCCGUGGUGUGCUCCGCCGGAAACAGUGGGCCUGUUGCUGGAUCCGUCGCAAACGUUUCGCCAUGGAUCCUCACGGUGGGAGCGAGCACGCUGGACCGUGAGUUCGAAGCCUUUGUCGAGCUCCCGAUUGGAGUGCACGGCACACGCCUCAAGGGCACGAGUCUUUCGAAGCCUUUGCCCGAGGACAAGUUCUAUCCCCUGAUCACUGGCGCACAGGCGAAAGCGGCUAACGCCUCUGUGAAUGACUCUAUGCUGUGUAAGCCUGGGACUUUGGAUCCAAAGAAGGGGAAAGGCAAGAUCAUGGUGUGCCUCCGGGGCGACACGGCGAGAGUCGACAAGGGCCGACAGUCCUUGGAAGCCGGCGCAGUGGGAAUGAUUCUAUGCAACGACGUGCUCAGCGGCAAUGAGAUCAUCGCCGACCCGCAUCUCCUUCCUGCAUCUCAACUUACUUACAAAGAUGGCCUCCAAGUCUUUGCCUACAUCAAUUCCACUGCCAAUCCGGUUGGAUUCAUCACUGCUCCGACGGCCAAACUGAACACAAAGCCUGCGCCAUUCAUGGCGGCGUUCUCAUCAAGAGGGCCAAACUUGGUUACACCAGAGAUCCUCAAGCCUGAUGUAACUGCUCCAGGCGUCAACAUAAUAGCUGCAUUCAGCGAGGCCGUAAGCCCUACAGAUUUGGACUUUGAUAAUCGCAGGGUUCCUUUUAACACCGAGUCCGGUACAUCGAUGUCUUGUCCUCACGUUGCGGGAGUCGUCGGCCUUCUCAGGGCGCUCCACCCUGAUUGGAGUGUGUCUGCAAUUCGAUCGGCAAUCAUGACCACGGCUAGGACAAGGGACAACACUAACGAAGCGAUGCUGGACGGGUCAAGCUUCCUCGAGGCGACGCCAUUCGACCAUGGCUCGGGCCACAUGCGCCCGAACCGUGCCAUGGACCCCGGCCUAGUCUACGACCUGAGCACUGACAACUACUUCGACUUCCUCUGCGCCUUGGGCUACAACCGAACUCUGAUGCGAUCCUUUUCCAAGGACCCUUACGAGUGCCCGAAGUCGUUCAGCCUCCUGGACUUCAACUACCCCUCGAUCAUGGUCCCCAAUCUUCACGGCUCAGCCACCAUCACCCGCCGAGUGAAAAACGUUGGCUCGCCCGGCACGUAUGCAGCACAGGUCAUCGAGCCGCCUGGCAUUUCGGUCUCGGUCGAGCCAAGGACGCUGACGUUCGACCGGGUCGGUGAGGAGAAGAGCUUCAAGGUGACCCUGAAAGCUAAAUCUGCUCGGCAUGCGACGGAGUACGUGUUUGGAGGACUGAGAUGGUCCGAUGGACGCCAUUACGUGAGAAGCCCGAUUGUCGUUGGUUUUCCUAGUUAA